CGGCCAAUAUGGCGGCUGAAAUUUGUGUCUUUUGACUAAUUUUCGCCGAUCGUGAUUGAAUGAUAUUGAAGAAUCAUGCAUUUUCAUUUCCCAAGAAUUAGAGUCGCUAGGAAUAAUUUUACAAGAUUACUUUGCUCUGCGCCAAGAAUCGGAGACAAUUUCGUUGACGAAACUGAGGUACGAGAUAAAUUUAGAGUGCUAGGGACCGGUGAUGUGACUCUAUCCAAGCUAACAGGGAAUAACAAAGGAGUUGCAGUGAUAUCUCUUACCAAUCCUACAAGAAAAAAUGCACUUACAGGGUACAUGAUGGUUAAACUUGCAGAAGUAGUUGACGAGCUUGAGCAAUGGCAGCAUGGAAAAGCUGUUGUUUUGCAUGGCAGCGAAGGGUCUUUUUGUUCAGGGGCUGAUUUGAGUGUAAUAAAGACGAUCAAUACCCCAGAAGAAGGACAAUUAAUGUGUGCUUUUAUGCAAAGAACUCUGAGUCGCCUGGGAAGGCUUCCUCUUGUCAGCGUGGCAGCUAUUGGAGGAAGAGCGUUCGGUGGAGGAGCUGAGGUAAGUAGUUUAAAUGCAUAAAGAGGGCAGCUUAAGGGCAGUCAGACCAAAACGCUGAACGCAGAUCGUGCAGGCAACACAGACUGUGUACACCGCGCAGACCGCACUUUGUUCGCGGGAGAAUUUCGACUGUUACUGCUCGCGAGACACUGACAAAUUCAUUCAUAACCUAUCACGCAAACGACUCCAAUUUCACCAGUAUUUUGCGGUUUUUUUCUUUUCUGCCUGAAAAAAAUUACGUUUUCUCACUUGUAAAAUUUUAUUUUACGUCUCGGUGGACGUUAAAAGGAAGUAAAAAAAAACUUUGCUGGGAACUGGUUUUGAUUGGGUGACGAGCAGUAAUAAACAGCAAACGAGUGCCUUUUGAUUUUUGCUCCCACUCCCGCCCUAUCCCGAUCCUAUUUCUCCCGGGCUCCAGCCCCCCUGUCCCCCUCCACUCUUGAGUACUGAUUAAAUAUCAUCCAAAAACAUAUUCGGAGACCCUAAUAAGAAACUAUUUUGCCACAAGUUAUUUGUUUGUUUUUUGGUUGGUACAAAGAAUGAAACUAUCUCCCAUAGGCGAGACGAACGGAUCAUCUGAUGACGGUUCUUUCUAGGGUAUGACUAAUGGAUGUAACUUAGGUAAAGAGGAUCAUGAAUUGUUGAGUGCUUUGCUGACCAGACUGCAUUGUUCUUCUUGUUGAUAAUUUGGUGUCAAGCAAAUCUUAUCUUCUUCCUUCACCAGUUAUCAUUAGCAUGUGACUUCAGACUCAUGUCACAGGAUGCAGAGAUCAGGUUUGUUCAGGUCAAGAUGGGUUUGUCACCAGGGUGGGGUGGUGGUGCAAGACUUGUCAGGUUACUAGGGAAACAGAAAGCACUGCAGCUACUGGGAAGGGGAGAAAAGGUUACCCUUCCACAUGCACUUCAACUGGGACUGGUUGAUGGUGAGCUACCAAAUACAAAGGUAAUUACUGAUACUUUCUCUACCGAUAUUAUAUCUGUUUCAUUUUAAUAAUAACCUUACUUUUACCUUGAUAUUUAAGAUCUUGUAAUGAUUAACACAGCAAUCAAAUGAUCUGGUAUGUGUACACAUUGUUAUGGCAAGGUUGAGUAUGUUAGGGCUGUCAGAAUCAAACCAAGUUGUCUCACAAGAGUUGUAAACACACUCACAAGCCAGCAAGUCAAGGUGUUUUAAAACUGUAUAAUGUUUUUUUGUCUGUUUUAGUUUCCAUUUACAUAUCCUAUGAACAUUUCAAUGUUUGUGUGGUUAUUUUGUAUGGUAGCAGUUGUCUAUUAAUUGUUUUCCUGUGAAAUGUUGUGCAGACAAUAAACUGACAGACAGCCAGCCAGCCAAUAUUGAUCUCAUAGCUCAUACUUGACAUUUGACAGUUUUACUGUAAUCAAAAUGUGGGAGGUACCUGUUGUUUGGGAUCAUGCAAAAGGAUACUGUGGGGAGAGGGCUCACCUCCCCCCCCCCCUACUGUGGUACAGACUUAAUUCUCAAACUUGGCAUCACGCAAAGAUAGAGUUUGUCGUUGGAUCUUGCCCUUGCUCAUAGUUUUUUCCGUCAGCCAUGAAAACCAGCAUUCCAAAUUUUAAUUUUAUUUUAGCUACCUAAUGAAUGAUCAAGUGAUAAUUCUAAUGUAGUGAUCCCAUGUUUUCUCAUGUUAUUAUUUCUCUUGAUAUUGCAUCUUAAAAAAAUUAUCAGUUUAAGAGCAGAUCUCAGGUUUAGUCAGUGGAGUGGUAGCCCAACAUUCAGCAUAGAAUUUUAUAGAACAAUCCUUUUUUUGUAAUUUUGGACCCAUCACUUUGUUGAAAAACUACCUCUAUAAAAAGUCACGAGAACAAAGAACUACCAUGAAAUUGUUGGGGAACCUUAAACCAAAGGUAUGCUGUGUUAUACUAACUGUGCCAUUCCACCCACAGAACCUAGAUCUGUAGAAGUACAGUAUUUGUUUUCAUCCUCUUGCUGAAGAAGCUUGAGUUCAUUUAAGCAUUGUUAGUUGAAUAAAAAAAUAAAUAUGUUGCAUUUUUAUAUCCUACAAAUUAAAAAAUCAUAGUUAAUUAUAAUUUCUUUUCUUAUAGGAUGUGGUUACUGGAAGUUGCAACUGGUUGUCAGAGUUCCUAGCAGCAGACACUUCAGUUCUGAGAGCUAUUAAGAAUGUUGUAUCAAUAGGAGACAACUCAAGGCUUAAAGAUGAACUGGACAUUGAGAGGUAGGUUUCUAUGUCAAUGUGUGCAAGUUGACAUGAUUGUUAUUGUAAGGAAGUGAUGGUUAAAACAGAAUCAUUUCCACUCAAAGUCACAUGUACCAAGGAAUAAGAACAUCAUAUUACACACAAGCUUAUGUUGGUGGUUGUAUUUUAUAACUACCAAGUAAAUUAACAAGUCAAAUCUCAACAGGUGUUUACUAAGAACAAGCUUUCAAGUCCCCUUAAUCCAAGAUAUCUAUUGCAAUUAAUGCUAGUUGUAUUUCUGAGCACAUUUUUGUACAUUGGGUGCACAGUUAUGGCAUAAAAUGGAAAACUUCAAUUCUGUGGAACCUGACAUUAAGCAGUCACCCUGUGGGAAUGCCAGGUUUGACUGUACAUGACUAUUCAUGUAGAAAUUCCGUUAUUCAAUACCAUUAGGUGCUGAAUAGUAUAAUAAUGAUAGUAUUAGGAUUAUCAUAAUGGAAUUUUCCCAGAUGGUAAUAAUAUUAAUGUUAGUAUUUCAUUUUAUUGCAGAUCAAUUUUUUCAACAUUAUUUGGAGCAGAAGCUAAUAGGAAAGCUUUGGAAAAUUCAAGAAAACACAAAUAGCAUAAUGUUUUGUAAAUGAAGUAAUUUAAAUCCAAUUAAAUUGUUAUCAAAAGUAGUUUUAUUUCAAAGGUGUGUUCGUCCCUUCACUUUGAAGAGUGAGAGAGAGAUAAAGAGUGUAAGUAACUCAAGCAUAUACAUCAGAAGCUUUUGUUCUGAUUAAUGUCCAAACAUGUCAGACUUCCUGCAAAACCUCCAUGCGUAUCGCUAAAAAUGUACACAUCAGUAAGUUCUAUAAAAUUAAAAAUACACAUACCAUAAUGUUACUAUAAUUAUAAUAUACCGG